AUGGCUGCGGCCCCAGCGGUGGCCUUCUUCUCAGUGUGGGACUACAUGGUGUUCGCACUAAUGCUCCUGGUCUCAGCUGCCAUCGGGAUCUACUAUGCGCUGACAGGCACGGGCCAGCGCAGCUCCAGGGACUUCCUCACGGGCGGCCGCGGGAUGACCGCCGUGCCGGUCGCCCUCUCGCUGUCCGCCAGCUUCAUGUCGGCCAUCACUGUCCUGGCCACGCCCUCCGAGGUGUACAGGUACGGGGCCAUCUUCGGUGUCUACGCCGUCUCCUAUGCCCUGGUGGUGGCCGUCUGCUCCGAGGUCUUCCUCCCGGUCUUCUACAGGCUGGGCAUCACCAGCACCUAUGAGUAUCUGGAGCUGAGAUUUAACAGGGUGACUCGGCUUUGUGGGACUGUACUGUUCAUUAUACAGACAGUCCUCUAUACUGGUGCAGUCAUCUAUGCCCCUGCUCUGGCAUUGAACCAAGUUACUGGCUUCCACCUGUGGGGGGCUGUGAUAUCGACGGGAGUAGUCUGCACCUUCUAUUGCACCUUGGGAGGCCUGAAGGCUGUGGUCUGGACGGACGUGUUCCAGGUGGGCAUCAUGGUGGCGGGGUUCCUCUCAGUCAUAAUCCGAUCCUCGGUUCUGCAGGGCGGCUUCUCCACCAUCAUCAAUGACUCCGCCCAUGGAGGGAGGCUAAACUUCUGGGACUUCGAUCCGAGCCCUCUGAGGCGACACACCUUCUGGACCAUUACAUUUGGAGGAGCGUUCGUCUGGAUCGGGCUCUAUGGAGUCAACCAAGCCCAGGUUCAGAGAUACAUAUCAUGCAAGUCCCUGAGCCAUGCCAAAAUGUCUCUCCUGGUGAACCUGGUGGGACUGUGGGCCAUCCUUUUCUGCUCGGUGUUCUGCGGGUUGUGCCUGUACUCCAUCUACAAGCACUGUGACCCCUGGACAGCAGGCAUGGUGUCUGCUCCAGACCAGUUAAUGCCCUACCUGGUCCUGGAUAUCCUGAGAGACUUCCCAGGACUACCUGGGCUGUUUGUGGCAGCGGCAUACAGUGGCACUCUGAGCACAGUGUCCUCCAGUAUAAAUGCUCUGGCUGCAGUUACCGUUGAGGACCUGAUCAAACCAUACUUCAGCAUGUCUGAGAAGAAGCUGUCCUGGACCUCCAAGGGUCUGAGCCUGCUUUAUGGGGCAGUGUGCAUUGGAAUGGCUGGCCUGGCAUCUAUGAUGGGUGGGCUAAUACAGGCUGUUGUCAGUAUCUUUGGUGUUAUUGGCGGGCCACUUUUGGGCCUCUUCGCUUUAGGCAUACUCUGCCCUUUUGCCAACGCUACAGGUGGUUUGGCAGGUCUGCUGACUGGGUUUGCCCUGUCCCUGUGGGUAGGGAUCGGGGCACAGGUGUACCCGCCUCUGCCACAGAAAAGCCGGCCCCUGGCCCUAACCACAGCGGGCUGUAACUUCACACUUACUGAAACAGUGCUUAACAUGACUGUGGGCCCAACAGAAGUGCCCCUCCUCACCACAGUCUUACAAGAAGCCACAUCAUACAGAUCCUUCCUGGCUGACUACUGGUACUCUGUGUCCUACCUGUACUUCAGCCCUAUUGGGACCUUGACUGCAAUUACAGUGGGGCUGUCGGUUAGUCUGCUCACAGGUGGUAAAAAGCUGAAGUUGGAACCAGGACUGACAUUGAGGAAGGAAGACCUAACCUGUUAUCUCAUUUACAACUUCUUUAAAAAGAAGGCAAUGACACGUGCAAGAAGACAGAACCCGGUGGCAAAUGGCAAGAGGGACCUUGGAACAAACAAUGCUGCGUUUUGUGACAUGGAGCUGGAUCUCUCUGAGCCCCGUUCCAACAUCUCUCGCCCCUGA